AUAGUGGUUCAUGCAUGCUGCUAUCGGUCGCUCCUUCUGUGGUUGUGGUGUCUGUGUGUGUUUAUUGGAUAUUUGUAGUCGUACUUUCCCUUUUCUCAUUUCAGACUGUCACCAACUCGAACUCACUCUCUUUGCCCCGCUCGGUUGUUUUGUUUCUUGUUUCUUGUUUCUUGUUUCUUGUUUCUUGUUCCCUUCUACGAAGUACGAGCACUGUGUAAGCUUUCUCAGCUCCUUACGCCACGCCACCACGAGAAGACAAGAAGAACAAGUCAAGCCGCGGCUCUUGGACGCCGCUGCUCUUGGACGCCGCUGCGCCUUCACCAAUACCAACAAUCUGAUCUUCCACUCAGUGUGUCGUGAAUAUUCUCGACGGCAGCGACUCUCACUCAAUCUCACCUCUGCUGCAGUCAAUUCACCCCCCCUAUCUACUCUCUGCGAUCUGAAAUCGCUCGCCUCCUCUGGGCAAUCCUACUCAAAUAACCUCUAAUUUCCCCUGAGUCUGCGAAUCACAAGCGACAUCCUGGACAGCGCAAUUCCCUACUGAACAACAACAACAACAAGUAUCGGUUGCCAUCUCGAGCAUGUCUUUCAUACAACCACAAACUUUGAGUGCUGUCAGCGACAGUUAAGGUCCGCUUCGCACCUUUUCUUCUCUGCGAGAGGAACCUGCCAGCCGUUGCCUCUCCAGGUAGGGUUGGGAAACCACAUUUGGCAACGCAGCAACACUAUCGACGAUCCAGGACAAAGCCGUUGUGACAGUCUAGCAAAUACCCGCCAUGUUUCCCAUCAUCCACGACGUGUGGCAUCACAUUGCGGCAUUGAAGCCCUCGUUCUUGUCCAAAAGUCCCCAUUUUAACUUCAUUACUGCCCAUUGUAAGCCGCUGCUGGCCCAACGUGGUGUUUUCUCCAAGCUAAUAGGCUGUCUGCAGACUUCUGGAUCAUCGGUAAUGCAAUACUUGCCUCGAUAUGCCUUUACCCAAAUGGGAAUCUCAGAUACAUCGAUGCCCUCUUCCUAGCGAGUGGAUCUGCCACACAGAGUGGUCUUAAUACCGUGGAUAUCAACCGCCUUAAUACUUGGCAGCAGGUGGUGCUAUACCUCACACCCAUGUUGACGAAUCCAAUCACCGUCAACUCCUUCGUCGUUUUCCUACGAUUAUACUGGUUUGAGAAACGCUUCCAACAUAUUGCCAAAGAAGCUACCAAAACCAGACGGUACAUGUCCAAGACGAUUACCAAAAGCAAGGGAAAUGAGCAAGAUAUUGAUAAAGAGGAGAUGGGUGUGGGCGGUAGGAGUAUUGUGGUUCUGCACAACACUACCGUUCCGAAUGGCAUGACGGAUGAAAACGCCUCCGCUGGGGACUUAGCUCAUCACAUUGAAAAGCUAAGAAUUUUGGAGGAGGAAAAAGGAGGACGCUCAUCUGGCGAGUCGUCGGAGCGCACCAAACGACAAGAAUCAGGCACAGGAUCCGCGAACCGCUCGAAAUCACCCGGAGCAAUCGAUCGAGGUCAGACUCAGAUCAAGUUUGCCGACGAUCCAGAACUUCGUAGGCCUCCACGGCGGGCCCACGAAGAGCAUAUUGCAAUUCUUGAACGACAACGUAAACAAGACGAUGGAGCAGUUCUUCGGAUUCCCGGGCCUCGAGAUGCUGAUGCUGGUAUUGCUCCACAGGCGGUUGAUCAUUCCGAGGGAGAGGACGAGAUUUGUCAAACUUUGUCUGGGGAUUCGAAGAGUGAGCAUACGGCAGUCCUUGAUAGAGAUGACCACAUAACUUUCGACGACUCAGCGAGGCCUCGCAACAUCACAAUUGAAGAACCGAAUAAGCCUUCGACAGCCGAGCAUCUAGCAGAAGAUGCUACUGCCGCUAAGAAUGCUGCUGGUGGUGCUCUUAGAAUGCGCAGACCAAAACUAUCUACGGCCAAAACCAUAAGAGAUGAUGAUGAAACCAUAAAUCCUGUUACAAGGACAGGCACCUUUCAAGCAAUUAGACACGCAUUGACGCAAUCCAAAGACGAACCGAUGCCAUAUUUGAGUUGGGCACCUACCGUUGGACGCAACUCACUCUUCGUCGAUCUUACCGAGGACCAAAGGGAGGAAUUAGGAGGCAUUGAAUACCGUUCGCUCAAAUCUCUUGCUAUGAUCUUGACAUGCUACUUUUGGGGAUUCAGUUUAUUGGGCCUGGUGGGUCUUUUGCCCUGGAUUGUGGAAAGCGCUACCUGGGGGCCAGUUGUUGACGCCGCUGGACAAGGCAGAGUUUGGUGGGGAUUCUUCACUGCGAACUCAGCCUUUACCGAUCUUGGUUUCACACUCACCCCAGAUAGCAUGAUCUCCUUUCAGUUUGCCAUUUGGCCACUGCUCCUGAUGAGUUUUUUGAUCAUUAUUGGGAAUACUGGAUUCCCUAUCAUGCUUCGGAUUAUCAUUUAUGUUACCUCGCUGUUUGUCUCGAAGACCAGUGGUAUUUACCAAGAGCUCAAGUUUUUGCUUGAUCAUCCUCGUCGGUGCUUCACACUGCUUUUCCCGUCCAAGGCCACUUGGUGGUUGUUCUGGAUUUUGAUGAUCCUGAACGGAGCCGAUCUGGUGGCCUUCUUGAUUCUUGAUGUAAGUCAUUGCUACAGCUCGACUUGUAUCGUCACUAAUGCUCAAUAGCUGGGCAACCCUGCCGUUACUCACUUGCCUCUUAAUAUCAGAUUUUUGGACGGUUGGUUCCAAGCAGCUUCGACACGUACUGCUGGUUUCGCAGUGAUUAAUCUUGCCGAGCUUCAUCCGGCUAUUCAGGUUUCGUAUCUUGUCAUGAUGUAUAUUUCCGUCAUGCCUAUCGCCAUGACCGUCCGAAGAACCAACGUGUAUGAGGAAGAUUCAUUGGGUAUCUAUGGCUCCACGGCUGAGGAGAUUGAGGAUUCCGAACCUUCUUACAUUGGUACUCAUUUGAGAAGACAAUUGUCCUUCGAUUUAUGGUAUAUUUUCUUGGGAUUCUUCAUCAUCUCCAUCUCAGAAGGCCCUCGCAUCCAGGAUAUUAAGGAUUCAUCCUUUACCAUGUUCUCCGUCCUAUUCGAGAUCGUCAGUGCAUACGGUACCGUUGGUCUGUCCUUAGGAUACACAGGCAUCAACGCUUCCUUUUCGGCCGAAUUUGGCGUCAUCGCCAAACUAGUCAUCAUCGCAAUGCAAAUCCGUGGUCGUCACCGUGGUCUACCAUACGAACUUGAUCGUGCCGUCCUGUUACCCAGUGAAAAACUCGCGGCGAAGGAAGCGGUCGGACGCGACGAUAUCACGGGGAUGACUCGUAGCAACACAGCGAAUUCGAAGCUCUCGAGAACGAAUACCAAGGAAAGACGAUCCGGACAGGGGUCACAAAACAUUUUCAGUACAGUUUUCCAUCCCGGGCCCACUAUCCCUAAUCGUUCUGGGGAGAGAGGCAUGUUUGAUAGGAGACAUAGUAUUGCAGCCCCACCUCGAAGAGGGAGUGGUUUCUCGAGGAGUGUUAGCCCAAGUGCGUUCAAGAGGGAGCGAAGUCGGAGUCGAAAGGAUAGUCGGAUUGGUGAGAAGCUAGGGGAUGGGACGAAUGAGAGCGCGAGGGGCAGGACUGAGGGACGUCGAAGUUUCUUCCAGGAGGGCGUCAAUCCUGCACCCAAGGAUGCUACUAAACCCUAGUACAGUAGUUCAUUUCUUGUACAAAAGAUUACUGGGGAGGCGUUUAUGGGACCACUGUAUUUAGCACAGUACGUGCACAGGGAAGGCGUUUUUUGGGGGGGAUGAGAGAUAGAAUAUUUUUUUGACUUCUUUGGACCCUAUUCCUUUUUUGGAUCUCAAGAAGUGGUACGUACACCACGUAUUCUGGACUGGCUGGUCCAGAGAUUAUUGGGGGGUGAAGGUGAAAAGCUAUUGUUCUGGGUCAGGUGGAUGGGAGAGAGAGGGCUUGAAGGGUGAGAGGGGGUGGAGGGUUACAAAACAUAGAUGCAUACAUACACAGUACAUAGGAAGGUGAAAAUUAAAAUUAAAAUAGACGUACAUACACAUACAUAC